AUGUCGCAGCCAAAGCUCCGCACUUCAUGCGACCCAUGCUCUUCAUCCAAAGUGCGCUGCACUAAAGAGAAACCUGGUUGUUCUCGCUGUUCGCGGAAUGGGCUGGAGUGUGUCUAUGGCCGAUCGCAAAGAAAGGGCAAACCACCCUCGAAGACUAGCUUCACUCACAUUCCACCCCGCCAAUCUCUAUCUUCUCACGCUCUGCCACCAUCUCCGUCGAGUCUCUCUCCUCCUGGUCAGUCACCCGGGCGCACCGAGCAGUAUGAGAAUAGUACCAUUUAUAACUACCACUGUCCCUGGUCUCGAUCCCCGAUGUUCCCCACGAUGGAUUAUGCAAAUCCCAGCGUCGCCAAUGAAGAUCCCACAGAAUAUUACAGAACAGAUAACGAGCUGACUACCUACCCAUCGCUGCUUAACGGGGAUGGCAGUGCAUCGCAUUUCUCCGCUCAACCACGCCCGAUGCCUUGGUCCAAUCUAGCCGUGUCAAAUUCAACAUCACCCGAAUGCGCUAUCCAAAACUCUUUCCCGGGAAUGGCUGCUCAUCAAGAGUACAAUCAUAUUUACAAUAGCCAGAUCAGGGACCCUCAUAGACGCUACAUAUAUCAUCAACAGGAAAAUGCGCUGGAGACCCCACCAGACGACCCAGAUCUACCAUACCAGACACUCGCCUACCAAAUACCCUCACCAACUCACGAGCCAGAGUCAACGAGCUACUAUGCCGGUCAUUGA